AAGCUGAGGUUGUUAGAAAAAUUCAUUUCAAGUUUCACCCUGAAUCAGUUUGAACUGUGAAACCACGGGAAAAAGGAGGUAAUUAUUUCAUUUUYUUUGAGAAUCUUCGUGGCUUUGUCCUUUUCAACUUAGACAAGAGCGAGUUGCCUUUAUAGCAAUGAAGGUCUUAGCUUUUCUUCCACUAGUCGUCUUGUUGGUCCUUCCUCUUAGUGAUGGGGAAUCUCGUUCGUUUGACGCUUCUGAUCCUCCUACAGACCCUAUAGCAAGGCUCACAGAGUCCGUUGCAAGCCUAAAGAAAUCAGUCAAAAAUACCAUUGGGACGUUGGCUCGACAGAUGAUGUUACAGCAGUUGUUUGUUGAAGAAAGAAUCAGGUCUGACGGUGCUUCAGGAGUCAAGCAGAUUAGACAAUCCCAUACAGGCACACGUAACUACUACUCUCAGACACACACCAGUAAAGUUAGUGUCCUUGCCAUCCAUGACCAUUCGAAUAACGAUCGUACUGUUGGGAUGGGAGAGUUUAUUGGAGUCCUCAACGGGGUGGAGUUCCGCACAAGACACAAUGACUAUCGCUUGUACAUGCCUCACAGGACCAGCAAACAGCUACAUGCAACGGAGAACGUUCCGUUCCCAGACGUUCCACCAGAGGUUACAAGCAAGAGCAAUGUCAGCGAACAAGUUAAAGAAAUGCGAGAAUGGUUCAAGGCAUGGAAGAACCAAGAUUACAGCGUUAGAGACUAUCGUAAGUAUUUCCGCCCAGUGAUCUGCUAUCUCGAGGGAGCUUGGACAGCAGCAGGAGAUAAAAUCGAUGAACCGUUUGAAAGUGACAGGCAUUUUAUAGACGCAUCCAGCUGGUUUGACCUGCAAGAAAAAAUUCGAUUCACCUCAUACACCGGCAGAAAAGAUGACUUGGAGAACUUCUCGUUUCUCCCCACCACAAUCAUGAAUGUGACCGAAGAUGGUAUUCCUCAAUUUGCCCAAUGGAACUAUCGCAUCCUUUGCCAUCCAGUCAGCAGAGAUCUUCCCCUGAACCGCCUACGAGUAGUUGAUGAGCUCGGAUCCCAGCUGGCGGCCAAACGAACAUAUAGGGAGCAUUCAAACACACGUUCUGCGCGCUUUCAGCUAAACCCAUUCGAUACAGACAAAUGGACCGAACGGGAAGAUAGACGAAGGUUUGGUCUUCUUGACGAGAUCAUGGGCGAGGUGCCAGGAAAGGACAAUUAUCAGGGCAAUCUCACCGACACUGCGUUUGGACUAUCAGCCUUUUCCCUGGCUCCUGGACAACGCGAGUCUAGGCUCAGGGCUGACAGAUACCAUCGCUGGUUCAGAGUUGCCAGAAACGACGCCAUGGGCGUUUCUACCCGACAUCGAGGAUAUUCAGAUGAGAACCUCUUUAUGGCUAUGACCACACAGCCGAAGGUCCAAGGACUGAAUCUUCAAAGAUGUCAGAAAAUGAAAGGUGGGAAAAAGUGUUCAGGACUACACCAAAAAUGGUCGUAUGCCAUUCCCCUCGAAAUCAUCUUCUUGACGCCUCUCAGCAAAUGGAAUCCAUAUGAUAUUGAGUUCAAGGGGAGCUACAGGUCGAAGCUCGGAAAAACAGUAGAGGCUGGAGGACGGAACGGAGGCCAUACCUUAAAAAAAGCCUACAAUGGAACCAACAGCAAGCGGUAUUACCAGACACCGGUGGAAUUUUUCUCGGGUAACGAGGUGGGUUCAGGUGCAGCUGAUACCACGAGAAAUUCUGUUGGAGUCUUGGACAAGAAAGGUAAUGUGAGAGUCUGCAAAGCAAGUGGAACAAGAAUCUUCUUCCCUCCAAUAGCAGGGGUGGGAUUUCUGCGUCAACGUUACCCCAUUAUGCCUGUCCACGGGGAAGGAAGUGCUUCAUGGAAGGAGCUAGACGCACUGAAAGACCUGGUGCUUAGUUCCAAGACAAACGGUUAUGUAUUUAAGGAGCCUUUGCAAAGUGGACCAAUACCAACUGAGCCUCCUAGGAAAGAUACCAAGCUACAAGUACAAUUGGCUACGGCUGCUAAUCCUGGUCCUCACACGCACAACCUUUUUGUCACCGCUGAUCAAGUUGAUUUUAUAAAGGCUGGCGGUAUUCUCCACGGAGUGAAGACGAGUACAGCAGCAGGCCACGACCACACCAUGUCACUCAGGUGGAGCCCAAGUGGUAAAUAUUUCUACAUCUACAAAUGUGACAGUAAAGAUACGCGGUAUAGGAGGUGUUGGGAUCGACAUUUCGUUUCUCUUAUUGUGAUGCCCGACCAGUGAAUAUAACACUACUAUAUUCCAUAAAAAAGGCUUAAAUAAUGAAGUAGUAAUGAAUGAUGUUGCCAAUAAAUAUUAUCAGCAUUUCA